AUGUCGAUGCUGCUGGUCGCCCUGCUUGUGGUGGAGACCGUCUGCCUUCAGGGGGUCGCCCUGGCGUACCAGCUGUACCUGGUUCGCACCGCCAACCUUCAGCACAUGCGCCGCUUCAGCGUGUUCCUCGCCCUGCCCUCCGCCGCCGUCCGCGCCAUGGCCACGCGCCAGCUGGUGGUGGAUGAUGACACCGAGGAUGCUGCAGAGGGCGACGACGACAACGCAGAGGCGCUCAUGGCCGCUGCCGCCGCCGCCGCCGGGAGCGCAGGCGCCACGACCGCCGACCGCGGCCGCUCGCUGCAGCAGAAGAGCGUCCGCAUGUCGGUCGUCGGUGAUGAGGACGGCAGCGGCGACGAGGGCGGGGGCGAGAGCAAGAAGAAGAAAGGCAGCUCGGCUUCGAAACGUGUGCGCUCCGGCAAGGCUGCCUCGCAGCUGGAAGAGAAGAAGGCCAAAGGCUUUGGCCAAUGGCUGUCCGCCGCGCUGUUUGGCUGGCUGCACGCCACCAUGAAGGUCAACGGCAAGAAGCUGACCCCGAGCAACACCGUCGUGGGGCUGUUCAUGCUGCCCCUGCUCGCGUGGGCAGCCGCCGUGAUCAUCAUUUUUGGCGUCACAUUCGUGCGACUGGGCAGCCUGCAGGGGCCUCUCGCAUCCCUCAAUGCGGCGGCUCACGUCACCUAUCGCAUCAGCCGUGUGCGCCUGAUGGGCAACAAGCUGGCUUUUGCGGCUGACACCAAGGACAAUGUGAACUACAGGGCGGAUCUGGUGCAGGAACUGGCCCUCCUCAAGGACGAGUACAGCGCCCUGCUGUACGGCGGCCGGGUGUCCACGGUGGCCAACGUCUCCUUUGACACCCUCGCCCCCGCGGGGGCCUUCUCCUCCCCGCAAUUCAGCAACCUCUUCUUCAGGACACGUGAGUGCCUGCGCGACGACCAGACGUCCUGCUACGCAGAAGGCCACCCGUACUACCAGAUCACUCACAGCGGGCUGGAUGCUCUAGUCAUGCGUUUCUUGGAGACCUAUGAAGCCUUUUCAAUGCUGCCUGACGAUCUCGCUUUUGGCAACCAUACCCUAUACAAUUUCUUGACGAACGUGGGCGGGCGCGACAUGUACGAGGGAAUGGGCCGCGCCAUCAAAAUGUUUGAGGACUUCACCAUCAGCAAGUUUCAGGGCGUCACCCGGCUGCAUCAGGUCCUGCCCUACACGCGCCUGCUGCUGGUGGAGUCGCGCGACAUUGCGGGCAUGCUGAGUCAGCUGCCGGCGGAGGUCAGCGUGGAGGACACCGUCAAGGUGCACGUGCUCGGCCUCCAGCCCCGCACCGACGGCCGCUGCUCCACCAUGGCCGCCGCGGGCGGGGCCAGCGGGGCGGGAGCCUUGUCCAUGGCGCCGCCUGCGUGGGUGGCCGGCGGCGGCGGCGAGGGCGGCGUGGGGCCCACCAGCAUAUUUGGGACCACUUGGAAAUGA